AUGAAAAACCUAGUGAUUGACUGCCUCCCUUGUUUUAGAAAAGUGACAAGAUGGUUAGUGCUAAGAAGCUUAUCACGUUGGCAAAAACUGGCAGCAAUUAAGAGGACAACAAUCACGUUUUCAAGAGCCACCGGGGAUGAUGACAAAAAUAGUUGCAGCACAUCAUCAAUGGUCGAGAAGGGCCACUUUGCGGUGUAUAGUGCUGAUGAGAAGCGCUUUGUGCUUCCCUUGGAAUAUUUGAAGAACGAAAUUGUCAUGGAGUUGUUCAAUUUGGCAGAAGAGGAGUUAGGACUACCUAGCAACGGAAACCUCACCCUGCCUUGUGAUGCAGCCUUUAUGGAAUAUGUAAUUCGGUUGAUAAAAAGGAAAGCAAGUAAAGAACUGGAGAAAGCAUUGCUCAUGUCUGUAUUGAGUGACCGUUGCUCAUCGUCAUUGUAUCUCUAUCAGCAAGAAACAAGCCAACAGUUUCCAGUAGGAAGUGGCCUCAUCAACAGGACUGUCUUUGGCUCUGUAAUCAUAUAUUCAUCCAACUCUCAUUGCCAACUAGUAACGCAGCAACAGCCUUCAGAUUCCUACUAUCUCAAAGUCUCUCCUCCUUUGUUUUACAAUCUUCUCUCUGUUUUUAUCCGUAACAGGAUGAUCAGUGCUAAGAAGCUCAUCAAAUUGGCAAGGAAAUGGCAGAAACUGGCUGCUGUGAAGCAAAAAAGGAUCACAUCGUGCGAGACGACCCUUGGAAAUGCUGGCACAAAUAGAUGCAGCACAUCAUCAAUGGUUGUGAAAGGUCAUUUUGUGGUGUAUAGUGCUGAUCAGAGGCGCUUUGUUCUUCCUUUGGAAUAUCUGAAGAAUGAAAUUGUGAGAGAGCUAUUCUCGCUGGCUGAAGAAGAAUUUGGGCUACCAAGCAAUGGGCCUCUCAUGUUGCCUUGUGAUGCAGCUUUUAUGGAAUAUGUAAUUUCUUUGAUAAACCGACAUGCAACUAAAGAUAUAAAGAAAGCAUUGCUCACGUCCAUUGCCAGUGGUCGCUGCUCAUCAUCUUCGUAUUAUCAUCAACAAGCAACAAAUCAACAAUUACUAAUCAGCAACUUCUAGAGCAAAAUGUGUUUCAAUUUUGUAACUAGACGAUACUCUGUACAAUUGAGAGGCUAA